AUGAGUGCGCCGGCAACUGCUGGGCCCGGGACAGUGAAGCAGAGGAGGAGGUCGGGGAGGCGAGCCCAGGUCGAAGGGCAGCCCCUGAAUCACCCCUGGGGCCCAGAGCCCCAAGAGUCUCCGGGGAGCCGAGGCCUGGCGAGGCAGUCCCGGGGUUUUCCCCCUCCCCGCUGGCCCGAGGGCGCACCACGUGCUGGGCAGAGACUUCGGCGAGGCCGAGUGAACUCUGCAGCGCUGCUUGGGAAAGGGCGCCUUGGACUACCUGGUGGGGGCAUUGUGCUUCGUUACCGACCGCCGGGACACCGACCGCCGGGACGCCAACCCACGGUGCCCACCCGUGCGUCAUUCCGCUGUGGAUCAGCCCUUUGGCGGCCCCCCUCCGAAGUCUGCAAGGUCACACGGAUGUCUGCAGGCAGAGGUGGGAUAGGAGCAUCCCAGGUGCUGCGAGGGUUUAAUCGGGCUCUUCUGCUGGCCCUGAAUACGGUGGACAGGACAGGACAUUCUCAUUGCUCAGGAGCCACUGGCGCUGCCUUUGGGAAUGAAAUUCCACAGCCUCCCACUCAUUGCUUUGGCUGUCUGCUGCAUCUGAAACUGUACGAGGGUCAGGAAAAAGGCUGCGGGGAUGAAUGGCUCUACCGGCUUGCCAGGGAUGGGGAACUGGAGCCGCCAGUGGCCCCAAGAGGAGGAAGGAAGGGAGGCACGGCAGACCCACCAGCUGUGCCAGGCUUUGGGGGGUGAACCCAUGAGGCAUCGUCA